CUUUCUUCGUUUCUUUACUUUCCCACACAAAACGAAUGACAAAAAAGCAGCAGCAGCAGCAGCAGCAACAACAACAACCAUCACCACCACACGAGGCAUUAUGGAUAGGACAACAGCAACCCCUACCGGGAAUUGAUGGCAACAGUACUCGCCGAGCCGUCCUAAUGCUAUUGCUGACGUGCCUUCUAUUUCUAUUGGCAUUCAAUGCAAGGCUCGUUUCAAAGGCGCCAGCAGAAGAUGGUUAUGACCUAUACAUCUCAAACAUUAUUCCGUCGAAACAAGAGCUACCGCCAUUAUCAUCAUCAUCGGUCUUCGCCGGAAAUGUUGAUGUUGGUACCGGGGCAGCAAUAGCAGCAGAUGAAGCAUCGGCUGGUGUUUCACCUGCAGCACCAAGACCAGCAGCACCAGCAAUUCUACCACCAGCCCCAGCACCAGAAGAUACGACAGCUUCACCACAGAAACCACCAUUUUCAGACGAUGACGACGGCCAAGGAACAUUAGAAGCAUCAGUUGUUGAAACAACCGAUGGCUCAAUCCACUAUGCGUACAUUAUCGUCAUUGCCUCCGAAGCUCCGUACCAAUCGCGGCGGAACCUGAUCCGGUCAUCCUAUUUUGGAUUGUACGACAAUCUUAUCCCCUGCAUGCGAUACAAUACGGACGUGUUUUAUACUUUCUGGAUCCAUGGUGGGCCGCCACCAUCCAAUACACCACAGCGACGCCAAUACGAAGCCGAGAAAAUGGAAUGGAACGAUAUGGUAGAAAUGCCAAGCCAUGUGCCCUUUGAACAAGAAACUGUUUUGGACUGGGUUGAAAGUACACUCAAAACAUCUCGACGGAUCGAGUAUGACUAUCUGAUCAUUCAAGAUAUUGAAACAUUCCUUCAGCUACACGUCAUUAAACGCGAGCUCGACGCAGGCGUAAUCGGCGAGUACUCCAACAUGCCUUACGUGGUCAGUAUGGAUCAACCACUGAAUUUAAUAUGGGGCUCAUUUUCCGGUACGGAAGAUGACAAGCAUGCUGCCAUUAUCGGUGCUGAUGCUGCGCAGCUGGCCAUGAGCAAACGUGACCAGAUUCAACAACAAUUUGCCGUGUCCAAACAUUUGCUAACCAACACCUACAACUAUUACCGUGCGGUAUCGGGUGUGCUCAAAGCAGAAACAGAUGCCACCUUGGAACCUGAAGAAGCCGUUGAAGAGCAAGGUCGUCUUAUUCCCGAAUUUGUUCGCGAAGACCGGUUUAGCGAUACCCGACGAUUUAUCCGAUGGGAGAACAAUGUCGAGUCCGUUCAUAUCGAAGACCAAGCAAUCACAAAAGUAUAUCAAGACAGUGACUUUUCCGAUUUGGCGCGAUGGACUAGUUUACGUUCCCUUUCUACAUGCACACGGCACUAUUAUUCAUCCGAUCGACCCAACGACCGUGAUCCAGCAAGCAUUGCCGUAGUAACGUCGUCGUAUAUAUAUGAUUCGUGUAUGGAACCAUCAGCAACCCUCGCAGCUGAGAACAAGCGUCAGUAUGCUAUCAAGCAUGGCUACUCGUUCGUCGCACGAUCCUCGGAGUUCGCACAGCAACUAGUCAAGCAUCGUAAAAUUGUCUGGGGAAAGAUCGACGUGGUUGAAAAGCUCUUGCCCAAAUAUCGAUGGUUGUUUUGGCUGGAUAUGGAUGCUGUUGUCAUGGAUCAGAGUCGGUCGAUCGAGGCCCUAUUGGAAAAAGCUAGCAACAGUUACCAAGGCAACUUUAAUGAAAUCGACUUGAUUAUUGCCCGGCCACAUCAAGAUAAAAUGAUCAAUGCCGGCGUGUUCUUGAUUCGAAACUCGCGCUGGAGCUUACAGUUUCUUCGCGAGGUUCAAGAUACCAUCGAGUGGUAUAACCGUGGUCCGUCGUUUGAACAAGGUGCCAUGGCUGACGUUAUCAACAGGCCCGAAAACCGAAACCACGUCUUGUUGUUGGACGGUGAUGACCAGACGUUUAAUACGUUGCCUCGUUUAUAUACCCCCAAUAUUUCCUUUGUCGUUCAUUUUGCUCCCGACAAGUGCCCCAACGACGCAGUUUUGAAAGGGCUUGAAGCGGCAGAUAUCAUACGACAAGGUGGCAUCGUUUCAAGUCUGGAUGAAGAGUGAGCGUAGUAGCAGAUGAUAUAUGGAGAGUUGUGUGAAGGAUUGGUUUGGUCCUUCUUUUUUGUACAUGCAACUUUUGGCUUUUUGUAUAUAUAUAUAUAAAUAUUUAUUAUUUUAGAAA